CCGGAAGUACAGAGAGGCUGCUUCAUGUUCAGGACACAACCUGAACCCGGAAGUGAUGAGGAUUUGAACCCCACAGUGUGAGAGUUAAACUGAAACAUAUGGAGUUCAUUGUGUGGAAUAAAGUUUUAAUUUUCCUCUUGUUUCAGUUUCUGGAAUUAACUCUGUGCUCUGAGCAGAACAACGGCGGCUGGGGACUAGACUCUAGUCUUGCUGAUGAAGGGACCUGCAACAUUGAUGUCAAAGAUGCUACAACAAUCACACACGCACAGUUUCUACAGGAAUACGCCUACACUAAGCCUGUAAUACUAAGAGGACUUACAGACAACACAAAAUUCCAGUUCUUGUGUUCUAAGGCGAGUCUGCUGAGGGAGUACCGGGACAAAACAGUCCGCCUGAGCACAGCUAACACGCACUCCUACAGGAAAGUGGAUGUGAGGUUUGAAGAGUUCGUGACAUCACUGUUGACCCCUCAGUCUGAAGACACCUUGGGCAGUGAUACUCUCUACUUCUUUGGUGAUAAUAACUUCACCGAAUGGCGUUCUCUGUUUGAGAAAUACAACGUACCACCUUACAGCCUGCCACACACCAGCCCAGCAUACAGCUUCGGCAUUGCAGGUCCAGGUACUGGUGUUCCCUUCCACUGGCAUGGUCCGGGAUACUCGGAAGUCAUCUAUGGCAGAAAGCGUUGGUUCCUGUAUCCUCCUGAUCAGGCCCCAGAGUUCCACCCCAAUCACACCACACUGUCAUGGAUCACACACUCGUACCCAGAUCUGGAGGAACACAACACACCGCUGGAAUGUACCAUCCGACCAGGAGAGGUGCUGUACUUCCCAGAUCGAUGGUGGCAUGCAACUCUGAAUUUAGACACCAGUGUUUUCAUCUCCACUUUCCUGGGUUGAACACAAACCAUCACCAUCCAAGAAGAUCCAAUCAGAACUCCUCCUUUAGUGACUUCGUACCAAGAGGACCAAUCAGAGUUCUUCACGUGGUGACGACAUUUCUUGAAUACUUCUUAUUCAGUGACACCGGGCCAAACAAAUGGACCAAUCAGAUCUCCUGAUCCACUGACAUCAUAACCCAAAGAGGACCAAUCAGAUGGUUACAGAGCAGGACCUGAGUAAUUCCUCCUUGAGAGCAUUCUGUCUGUGCUACAUGGCUGAAAUGGAUAUGAUUUUAAUUAAUUAAUUAAUUUUGUUUUCAAUGUGAUGUUUUAUUAAUAAAACAAAGCUUUUA